CAUUUAAUCACAAAUUUCAAAUUUACGAUGUAUAUCCAUUUUGUUGAAGCAGCCUAACGGUCUUCUACACAAUUUCCACCGCACUGUAAUCGCCACUUGCCCAAACACAGACGAAAUUUUAAAAUUUAGCUUUUCAAUUUCCAGUAGCACAGAAAAAUUGAAGAAGGAAAAGAGAUGGGAAAUGGUACAAAGACAGAGGUAGCCAUAGAAAUUUCACCGUCGCCGUCAUCGGAAGACGGGACGCCGCUCCGACCGAUAUUUUGCCUGAAAAACAAAAUGGAUACGAAGCCAUUUGAUGAUGCUUACGACUGUUUCAUACUCGAUUUUGAUCAGCAAGACUCUCCUCUUAAUCGCAUUUCUCUUUCUUUUCAUGAUGACGAUGAUCUCGCGGUAGUUGCUGAAAAGGGUCAGGUAGCUUGUAGAGAUUACCCACAUUCAAGACAUCUCUGUGUGAAGUUUCCAUUUGAGACAACGCCUCAUGAGAAAUUCUGCCCACUGUGUUAUUGCUACGUUUGCGAUUUGGCUGCACCGUGCAAGCUCUGGAAAGAUCCUAGAUCGGCGCAUUGUCAUGCUACGGGAAACGUUGAUGCUUGGAAAUCGGAGAGGAGGUCGAGAAGAAAGCAGCAGUCUCCACCCUCAAGUUCAAGUGAAUGGAGCUCCUGACUCUAUUGUUCAUUCUGAUCCUUUUUUUUGAAGGCAAUGGGUAUGUAAAACAUGAUUUAUCAACUUGGGUUGCAAAUUCUGCUGUCAGUUAAUCAAAUUCAUGCUUUGAAUUUGAUUCUUUUUGGUAAUAUAGGUAGUUUUAGUGUGUGGGAUAUUACUGAUUUAAGGAGAAUUUUGUGCUCCUUCACUUAAUUUAGAUGAGAAGAACUCUAUUCAAAUUUAGUUAUGUUCAGUUUUAGUAUGUGGAAUAUGACUGGUUUGAAGGAGAAUUUUGUUCUCCUUUGCUUAA